AUGUCUGAUAUGACUGCUACCGUCGAGCCCACGGCCAAGGGCUUCGCAGUCUGCGGUUACGAGAAGAUCGAGUAUGAUUUUGAAUUUCUCGAUGGUGUCUUCAACCCUGCCAACCCCCAGCUGUACCAGCUCUACUCCCCCUGGGGACGAUGCCUGGCUGUCAUGGACUUGAACAUCUUCAACCUGUACGGUACCGAGAUGCAGCGUUACUUUGAUCACUAUGGCAUCCCUCUCACCAUUCACAAGACCAUGAUUGGCGAGAAGGCCAAGUCUAUGGAUACUCUUCUAUCCAUUGUCGACUCCAUGACCGACUUUGGUAUCUACCGCAAGGAGCCUGUCCUUGUCGUUGGUGGUGGUCUCGUCACUGACGUUGCUGGAUUUGCUUGUGCUGCUUACCGCCGCAACACCAACUACGUCCGCAUUCCCACCACAGUCAUUGGCCUCAUUGACGCCUCAGUCUCCAUCAAAGUCGCCGUCAACUACGGCAACUACAAGAACCGUCUCGGAGCCUACCACGCUCCCUCUCACACAUUCCUUGACUUCACAUUCCUCCGCAGUCUCCCAGUGGCACAGAUCCGAAAUGGAUUCGCAGAGCUGAUCAAGAUCUCCACCUGUGCCCACAAGGACACUUACGACCUUCUCGAGAAGUACUGCGAGCAGCUCAUCGACACUGGCUUCGGCCGAUCUGACAAUGCUUCUCCUGAGAUCAAGGAGGUUGCUGACAAGAUUUGCCGCGCUGGUAUCCAUGAGAUGCUCAAGCUUGAGACCCCUAACCUCCACGAGAUCAUGCUUGACCGCGUCAUUGCCUACGGCCACACUUGGUCUCCUCUUCACGAGCUCGUUCCUGAGACUCCCCUCCGCCACGGUCAUGCCAUCUCAAUUGACAUGGCCUACUCUGCCACUCUCGCCCACCUUCGUGGUCUCCUCUCCUCCGAGGAGCAUACCCGCCUCCUGAACCUCUUUUCCCGCGCCGGUCUUUCCAUGGACCACCCUCAGUUCGAUGCCCCUCUGCUUGAGAAGGCCACCGCAGCCAUCCUCAAGACUCGCGACGGCAAGCUCCGCGCUGCAGUCCCCGUCAACCCCAUGGGCGACUGCGUUUUCCUCAACGACGUCAGCCACGACGACAUGGUCGCUGCUCUCGAGGAGCACAAGAAGAUCAUGAAGUCCUACCCCCGCGAGGGUGCUGGUCUCGAGGCCUUUGUCGACUCCAGCGACACCGGCUACACUGUGAACGGCGCCCCCGUUGAGAACGGCCAGAUGGGCAAGAUCACCAUGAACGGCGUCAAGAACGCCAAGCUCCAUGCCUCUGGCCCCGAGGGAGUUGACGGUCUCCAGCAGGACUCCAGCAGCGACAACGACGACUACGUCCUCGGCUCGUCCAAGACCAACGGAAAGCAGAGCAAUGGAAUCCUUAGCGACCUCAAGGAGAAGGCCAAUGGUCUCCAGGAGCAGGUCGCCAAGGCCGUCACUGUCCAGAGCACAUAA